UGUGCCCCUCCAAGCCCGGCCUGUGGCGCCCCUGCGGCACCAUGAUCUCCGGCAAGGAGAAGAAUAAACCCCCGAAGGACAGCAUGACGCUCCUGCCUUGCUUCUACUUCGUGGAGCUGCCCAUUGUGGCAUCAUCCAUCGUGUCCUUAUACUUUCUGGAGCUGACGGACUUGUUCAAGCCGGCCAAAGUGGGCUUCCAGUGCUAUGACCGUACGCUGUCCAUGCCGUACGUGGAGACCCAUGAGGAACUCAUCCCCCUGCUCAUGCUGCUCAGCCUGGCCUUCGCCGCCCCGGCGGCCUCGAUCAUGGUUGGCGAGGGCGUGCUGUACUGCCUGCAGUCCCGACUGUGGGGACGCAGCGGGGCCCCUGGUGGGGCUGAAGGCAGCAUCAACGCAGGUGGCUGCAACUUCAACUCCUUUCUGCGGCGCACUGUGAGGUUUGUGGGCGUCCAUGUGUUUGGGCUGUGCGCCACGGCCUUGGUGACCGACAUCAUUCAGCUAGCCACGGGAUACCACGCUCCCUUCUUCCUCACUGUGUGUAAACCUAACUACACCCUGCUGGGCACAUCCUGUGAUGCGAACCCCUACAUCACCCAGGACAUCUGCUCCGGCCAUGACACCCACGCCAUCUUGUCUGCACGGAAGACCUUCCCAUCCCAGCAUGCCACUCUGUCAGCCUUCGCUGCCGUCUAUGUAUCGGUGAGUCGGAUCCCCCCCUCUUCCCCCAAGGUGGGCCCCACAUUUUCUCAGGGAGAGCCAGCUGUGGCCUCACUGUGCACCCCCGGCCCCCAGAUGUACUUCAACUCGGUCAUCUCCGAUACCACGAAGCUGCUGAAGCCCAUCCUGGUGUUUGCCUUCGCCAUCGCUGCUGGUGUCUGUGGGCUAACACAGAUCACCCAAUACCGCAGCCACCCCGUAGAUGUCUAUGCUGGCUUCCUCAUCGGUGCUGGCAUUGCUGCCUACCUGGCCUGCCAUGCAGUGGGUAACUUCCAGGCCCCACCAGCAGAGAAAACCAGUACCCCAGCCCCUACCAAGGAUGCACUGCGGGCCCUGACCCAGAGAGGUCAUGACUCAGUUUACCAGCAGAACAAGUCAGUGAGCACGGAUGAGCUGGGGCCUCCGGGGCACCUAGAGGGUGUAUCCCGGCCUGUGGUUCGAGAAAAGACAUCACUGGGCAGCCUGAAGCGUGCCAGUGUGGAUGUGGAUCUGCUGGCGCCCCGCAGCCCCAUGGGUAAGGAGAAUAUGGUGACCUUCAGCAAUACCCUGCCCAGAGUCAGCACUCCCUCUCUGGAUGACCCCGCCCGCCGCCACAUGACCAUCCAUGUGCCCCUGGAUGCCUCCCGCUCCAAGCAGCUCAUCAGCGAGUGGAAGCAGAAAUCCAUGGAGGGCAGAGGCCUGGGCUUGCCGGAUGACGCCAGCCCUGCCCACCUACGCGCCCCUACCGAGCCCAUGGCGGAAGAGGAGGAGGAGGAGGAAGAGGAGGAAGAAGAGGAGGAGGAGGAGGAAGUGGAAGAAGGGCCUGUCCCACCCUCUCUCUACCCUACAGUCCAGGCCCGGCCAGGACUGGGGCCUCGUGUUAUCCUGCCGCCCCGGCCAGGCCCGCAGCCCCUGGUGCACAUCCCUGAAGAGGGGGCGCAAGCAGGGGCAGGCCUGUCCCCCAAGAGCAGCGCAGCAGUACGGGCCAAAUGGCUCAUGAUGGCUGAGAAGGGUGGAGCCCCUGUGGCUCCCGGGCCACAGCAGCCCCGCGUGGCUAACCCACCUCGGCUCCUGCAGGUGAUUGCCAUGUCCAAGGGUCCUGGGGGGCCUGGCCCUAAGGCAGAGACCGCCUCAUCAUCCAGUGCCAGCUCCGACUCCUCACAGUACCGGUCCCCAUCAGACCGGGACUCGGCCAGCAUAGUCACCAUCGAUGCACAUGCGCCCCACCACCCUGUGGUCCAUUUGUCUGCAGGCAAUGCACCCUGGGAGUGGAAGGCUAAGGGGGCAGAGAGUGAGGGUGGGUAUGAGCUUGGGGACCUGGCACGCAGCUUCCGAGGGCCCAAGCCACCAGGUGUGUCCCCGGGCUCAUCCAUCAGUGAUGUGGACCAGGAGGAGCCACGGUUUGGGGGGGUGGCCACUGUCAACUUGGCCACCGGCGAAGGGCUGCCCCCACUGGGUACAGCUGAUGGGGUGCUGGGGCAGUCCAGCCGUGAGUCUACCCUGAGGCGUCAGGCAGCUGCCGGCCAGGGACUCUCGGGGCUGGCAGAGCGGGAGGCCGCAGAGGUGGAGGCAGAGAGCUACUACCGCAGAAUGCAGGCCCGCAGGUUCCAGGACUGA